CCAACAUCAGACGUUACAAUACAAUUAGAUUCAUAGGAUUGCCACACCCAAAGCGAUAAUCACUUAAACUCCCCCAAAAAUAUUGUAUUAAAUAAAUAAUUAUCUAUCAGCUGUAUUGGAGGAGGGGUUGUGAACCUCAGCUCCACCCAUGUAAGCUCCCUCAAUAACAUUUCUAAAUCACUUCGUUUCAAUUUGUUCCUCUCUGCAAUUGCAUUCCUUUUACUGUUCUUUCUAUUGCACACAGAGUCAAAGAAAAUGGGAGAGAAAGAAUCAGAAAAGCUAAUUUGGGAACAGAGCAGAACCCCCACAUCUGCCACUCCCAUUGCACAAACAGGGACACAGUCACGAACCUUGCCAAAGCUUCUAGUCUUUCUCAUCCUCUUCGUUUCCCUCACCUACGUUGUCUACACGCUCAAGCUCGUCUCCUCCUCACGCGCUUGCCUCGAUGGCCCCUUCUCCAUCCACACUCUCUCUUCCUCUUCUUCUUUCCCCUCCAAAACAAUCCCCACCGUCAAUGCCACCGCUUCGCCGCUCAGGGAACUCGCUGUUCACCGACGAGAGUCACGGGAAACUCACCACCACGACCGCACGGAGCUCCGCCACGUCGUGUUCGGAAUCGCGGCGUCGGCGAAGCUCUGGGAGCAGAGGAAGAACUACAUCAAGCUGUGGUACAGGGCGAAGGAGAUGCGCGGCGUGGUGUGGCUCGACCAGAAGGUGAAAACGAAGGAGAACGACGGGCUCCCGCCGGUGAAGAUCUCCGGGGAUACCUCGAAGUUCCCGUAUAAAAACCGGCAAGGUCACCGAUCGGCGAUCAGAAUCUCGCGGAUCGUUUCGGAGACGCUGCGGCUUGGGAUGAAGGAGGUGCGGUGGUUCGUAAUGGGAGACGACGACACCAUUUUCGUGACGGAAAACCUAAUUCGCAUUCUCAAUAAGUACAAUCACAAGGAAUUCUAUUAUAUCGGGAGUUUAUCGGAGAGUCACUUGCAGAACAUUUUCUUCUCUUACAACAUGGCUUACGGUGGAGGAGGUUUCGCUAUUAGUUACCCUUUGGCCAAAGCUCUUUACGAAAUGCAAGACCGUUGCAUACAGCGUUACCCUGCACUCUAUGGCUCCGAUGAUCGAAUGCAAGCUUGUAUGGCCGAACUCGGUGUUCCACUCACUAAGGAAAUCGGUUUUCACCAGUAUGAUGUGUAUGGGAACCUGUUCGGCCUUCUUGCAUCUCAUCCUGUGACUCCUUUGGUGUCACUGCAUCACCUUGAUGUUGUUGAGCCAAUCUUUCCCAAUGUGUCUCGGGUAGAAGCCCUUCAACGGCUUACCAUACCAAUGAAACUUGACUCAGCAGGGCUCAUGCAGCAAUCCAUCUGCUACGACAAAUCAAAGGGCUGGACCAUUUCUGUUUCGUGGGGUUUUGCCGUUCAGAUUUUUCGUGGUGUGUUUUCGCCUCGGGAGAUGGAAAUGCCUUCAAGAACAUUCUUGAAUUGGUAUAGAAGAGCUGAUUACACUGCGUAUGCAUUCAACACGCGUCCUGUUAGCCGAAAUCCAUGCCAGAAGCCUUUUGUAUUUUACUUCUCUAAGGCAAAAUUCAAUUCCACAAUGCAACAGAUAGUGAGUGAAUAUGAAAGGCAUCGCAUCCCUCACCCCGAAUGUCGGUGGAAGAUGGCUAGUCCUGCUGCUCUUGACAAAGUGAAGGUAUACAAGAAGCCGGAUCCUCAUCUAUGGGAUAGAGCCCCAAGGAGAAACUGUUGUAGAGUGAUGAAGGCAAAGGAGAAAGGGACCAUGGUGAUUGAUGUGGGUAUGUGCACGGAAGGUGAGGUAAGCGAAACAUAAUGGUGACAUUUCACUGAUAAUUACAUUAUAUUAUAUUAGGGAGGAUGUUUCUCGUGCAUCAUCUUCUCGUGGAGUUUCCUAAAAGAUUAUUUCUUUAUUUAUUGGGGUAGCUCACUCUGAAAUUUUUGUAAUUUUCCCCGGGUUUCACUCAAAUGGGGUGAGAGUUGGGGAAAGGUCCAUAUGUACAAAGAAAUUUGUAAUCUAAACAAAAAUGUAGAUGGGAUUGCCGAGGGAGAAGGGAGAAGUUUAAUUUGUAAUUUAUUGUCCCUGAAGAGAAUCUUUAGAUGCGUGCUUAAUGUGCCAGUCUACCAUUUUCACAUACUUAAAUUUGGUUCCUUCUCCACACGGAAAUAGUUGUUCUUGUGAACUUAAUAAUCUUAUAUCUGAUUUAUUACUACUGAGUAGAUUUGUAGUUUU